AUGUAUUUUUUUAAAAUGACUAGUAGUUCAUUAGAUACAAAAAAAUGUUUAAAUUCAAUUUUAUUUGUUAUGAAAUUAAGAAAUUUUAAUAAAUGGUUAAUUAAAAAGAAUGAAAUCAAUCAUAUUUGUAAAAGGAAUUUUGGGGUAUCAGGAAGUUACGGUUAUAGUAUUUUUGCAAAAGAAGGGAAUAAUGAUUCAAAUGUGAAUAAAAAUAAUUUGCAUCAAUAUGAAGAAAAAUAUAUAGUUAAUGAUUUAAUAAAAAAAAAAAAUUUUUAUUUUACAAAAUGGCCAGGACAAGUAUCAAAAUUGGGAGCUUCUUACUUUUUUAAUAAAAAUUAUAACAUGGGAUUUUAUCAUAUGCUUAUAGAAGAAGAAGAUAAAAUUAAGAAGGAUAUCGCUUUAAUAUCAAGUUGCAACGAAAAAAGUAUUCAAAAUAAAAAAAUUGAGAACAAAAUGAAAGAUUUAACAUGUGGAUACUCUGUUCAAAUUGUUUUAUCUGGUAAAGGUGUUAAAUGUUAUUACGAGGAUAUAAAUUAUACUCCAAUCUCGAUACAAUACAGGAAUAACAUAAAACAGUAUUAUAAUUUUAAAAAUCCAUUAAAGGAAUUACAAAUGCUAAAUGAUAAUACUCAUAAAAAUGUUGAGGAAAAUAAAAAUAAUAAAGAAAAUAAAACUUCAAUGGAAGAGAAAGAUAAUAGUUAUAAAACAAAAAAAGUUAAAAAACUAUUUGUCCGUUUAGGUAUCGGAACAAAAAAUAUUGAUAUUACAAGAAUAUUAACUAUGCAUAAAAAAUAUGUAAAUAUACACGUUGAUAAAACCGGUACAAUAAUAAAUGUUUAUGGGUAUAAUAAAAAAUAUGUAGGAUCAGUUUCUCAUAGAUUAUAUAAAAUUGUAAAAAUGAAUGUAUAUACCAUGAAAGGUGGUUAUGUAUAUCUGCAUAAACCUAAGCAGAAAAUUCCGAAAAAGAAAUAA